GGCUUCCAGCAGCAGGAGUGUAUUUGCAGGUCAAGCUGGGAACUAAAGGGUAAUGGCUGCCUUCAGCUGCUUAAAGACAUAAUUGCCCAGUGAUUCGGGUAUUGUGGGGCGCAACCAAGGACCCAGGGACCAGUGUACUGAGCACCGCUCUGUGCUGUUCUGCAAAUUAAGCUUUUCUCCUGCUUGAUGCUGCCUGUCUCCAGAAGCCUCUCACCAUGAUCGAUAGCUCCAAGAAGCAGCAACAGGGCUUCCCAGAGAUUUUAACUGCUGGGGAAUUUGAACCAUUAAAAGAAAAGGAAUGCCUUGAGGGGAGCAACCAGAAAAGUCUCAAGGAAGUGCUCCAGCUGCGGCUGCAGCAGAGGAGGACGAGAGAACAACUAGUGGACCAGGGCAUCAUGCCACCUUUGAAGAGCCCAGCGGCAUUCCAUGAACAGAUAAAAAGCUUGGAACGAGCCAGAACAGAAAACUUCUUGAAACACAAGAUUCGGAGCCGACCAGAUCGUUCUGAACUUGUCAGGAUGCACAUUUUAGAAGAAACAUUUGCAGAGCCGUCCCUGCAGGCUACUCAGAUGAAGUUGAAAAGAGCUCGACUAGCAGAUGAUCUGAAUGAAAAGAUUGCUCAAAGACCUGGUCCCAUGGAGCUGGUAGAGAAAAACAUCCUUCCUGUAGACUCCAGUGUUAAGGAAGCAAUUAUAGGCGUUGGGAAGGAGGACUAUGCCCACACUCAGGGUGACUUCUCAUUUGACGAAGACAGCAGUGACGCUUUGUCUCCAGACCAGCCCGCGAGCCAGGAGUCACAGGGGUCAGCCACGUCCCCAAGUGAGCCAAAAGUUAGUGAAUCGCCAUCACCUGUGACUACCGGCACUCCAGCCCAGUUUACUUCAGUGUCCCCAGCAGUUCCUGAAUUCUUGAAAACUCCUCCCACUGCGGAUCAGCCUCCCCCGAGGUCCACAGCUCCUGUCCUCCCCACAAACACUGUGUCCUCAGCAAAGCCCGGCCCAGCACUGGUAAAGCAAAGCCAUCCCAAGACUCCAAACGACAAACACCGUAGCAAAAAGUGCAAAGACCCCAAACCACGGGUAAAGAAGUUAAAGUACCACCAAUACAUUCCACCAGAUCAGAAAGGGGAGAAGAACGAGCCGCAGAUGGACUCCAACUACGCCCGCCUCCUCCAGCAGCAGCAACUGUUCCUGCAGCUGCAGAUCCUGAGCCAGCAGAAGCAGCACUACAACUACCAGACCAUCCUGCCUGCUCCAUUCAAGCCACUCAGUGACAAAAAUAACAACAGUGGGAAUUCAGCUUUGAACAAUACCACACCUACCACAGCAAGACAGAGUACACCUGCUCCUGUGAGAAAGCCGGGGCCUCUGCCUUCUAGCUUGGAUGACUUAAAGGUAUCAGAACUGAAAACAGAACUGAAGUUAAGGGGUCUGCCGGUAUCGGGCACCAAACCAGACCUCAUCGAACGCCUGAAACCCUACCAGGAAGUGAACAGCAGCAGCCUGGCCGCUGGCAGCAUCGUAGCAGUGUCAUCGUCAGCCAUCGUCACCAAUAACCCAGAAGUGACCAUGGCAUUGCCGGUUACAACACUACAUAACGCCGUGACUAGCUCAGUCUCCACUUUCAAGGCGGAACUGCCAUCUGCCGGCAGCAGCAACGUUGCCCGGGUGGAAAACGCUCACUCCCCUCUGCCAAUCUCCCCGUCUCCCUCUGAACAGUCCAGCCUCAGCACCGAUGACACGAGCAUGGCGGACACUUUCACCGAGAUCAUGACCAUGAUGUCUCCCUCACAGUUCCUGUGUUCCUCUCCUCUGAGGGUGGCAAACAACGAGGACAGCCUGAGCCCCACCAGCAGCACCCUGUCCAACCUGGAACUGGACGCCGCUGAGAAGGACCGCAAGCUCCAGGAGAAGGAGAAGCAGAUCGAGGAGCUAAAGAGGAAACUGGAACAAGAGCAGAAGCUUGUGGAAGUCCUGAAAAUGCAGCUGGAGGUUGAGAAACGAGGGCAGCAGCAACGGCCGCUGGAACCCCAGCCCAGCGCCCCAGCUCACUCCGUCAGCCAGGCAGAUCAGAAACACGGCAGCGUCGGCUCCUGCGUCAAAGACGAGACCUCGCUCCCUGACUGCUCCAGCUCCCGGCAGCCUGUCCCGGGAGCCAGCCACCCUGUGGCCCAGCCUGUCUCCACAGGUGGCCAGACCUUUGUUGCCAAAAAGGCUGUAGUUAUCAAGCAAGAGGUCCCCGUGGCCCAGGCGGAGCAGCAAAGCGUCGUCUCGCAGUUUUACGUGAGUUCCCAGGGACAGCCACCACCUGCCGUUGUCGCUCAGCCCCAGGCUUUACUGACCACACAAACUGCUCAGCUGCUGCUCCCGGUGUCCAUCCAGGGCUCGAAUGUCACCUCAGUGCAACUCCCAGUAGGCAGCCUCAAGCUCCAGACUCCACCACAAGCAGGAAUCCAGACUCCGCCUCAGAUAGCAACCGCUGCACAAGUGCCCGCCGCCGCCUUGUCCUCAGGCCUGGCCUCCUCAGGCCUGGCCGCGACCGCACCUCAGAAGCAGGACACCUUCACACAGCACGUCCUCAGUCAGCCUCAGCAAGUCAGAAAGGUUUUCACAAACUCAGCAUCAUCAAAUACGGUCCUUCCGUAUCAGAGACAAGCUGCUCCCGCGGUCCAGCAGCCCUUUAUUAACAAGACCCCCAACAGCGUCCUUCAACCCAGAAAUGCCCCACUUCCAUCCCUGCAGAACGGCCCAAACACUCCCAGCAAGCCGAGUUCGCCCCCUCCGCCUCAACAGUUUGUCGUCCCGCACUCUCUGUUCGGCAGCCCAGUCACCAAGACAAAAGACCCUCCCCGCUACGAGGAGGCCAUCAAGCAGACGCGCAGUGCACAGGCCCCCCUUCCAGAGAUCUCCAGCGCACACAGUCAGCAGAUGGAUGACCUCUUUGAUAUCCUCAUUAAGAGCGGAGAGAUAUCCCUCCCUAUAAAAGAAGAGCCUUCUCCCAUUUCCAAAAUGAGACCAGUAACAGCCAGCAUCACCACAAUGCCAGUCAAUACAGUGGUGUCCCGGCCACCACCCCAAGUCCAAAUGGCACCACCUAUAUCCUUAGAACCUAUGAGCAGCUUAUCUGCCAGCUUAGAGAACCAACUAGAAGCUUUCCUGGAUGGCACUUUACCUUCGGCCAAUGAGAUUGCUCCGCUACCAACCAGCAGUGAAGACAGAGAGCCCUUCUCGCUGAUUGAGGACCUCCAGAACGAUCUGCUGAGUCACGCGAGCGUGCUGGACCCCUCGCACUCACCCAUGGAGACUGCCGAGACCCAGUUUGCCGCGGGGACCCCCUGUCUGUCUCUGGACCUCUCAGACACAAACCUGGACAACAUGGAGUGGUUAGACAUCACCAUGCCCAACACAUCUUCAGGACUCACCCCUCUCAGCGCCAGCGCGCCAAGUAUGUUCUCCACUGACUUUCUAGACCCACAGGACCUACCUUUGCCAUGGGACUAACGUCACAGAUGUCUUGUCUCAGAGUUCAUGAGGUGUAAGACCAUGAAGAAGAUUCUAAAAGGUCAGUCUUUAGAGAUAGAUCCAUGGUUGCAUUGUUGCAAUUAAAGAAUGUUGUCAUAGAAAGAAUGGAUAGAAGGUCAUAGCCUGGAACCAAAGUUCGAAAACAUUUCGUCGCAUUCAGCAAUGAAAUUCUACAGUGAAUUUCUACAGUCGAAUCUAGCAUAGGGCCUUCUGAAAAACAGUGUAGACAAAGAAGACUCACCUGUUUCUCCAGACUUCAGUAAAGAAUGAAAAGUACCUUUAGAUAAAAACAAAGAAAAGUAACGUGUGCAGGAAAAUGACACUAGCAUUAUCUGGUAAUCAACUACAUUGAAACCUCUGUGGUCACUUUAAGACCCUAAAUAGGAGGUAGACGGCUCCACUCAAAAAUAAGGCUGAUGAGAGGGAGGUGAGAGGUCAUUGCACUUAGUACUUCCUAGAGAUGGCCUCAGUCAGGCCAAGACACAGCAGGGGUCAAGGGCAUGGGACAGCACUGGCCGGUUUGGUGACAGCUGCCAGCUGGGGACUUUUGGUUCCAUUCAGAAACCUAUGUAAUUUUUGUGUGUUGCAGUUUAUUUUGUGAUUUUUGGAAUCUUAACUUUAUAUCUCCAAAUUUAAAUUGAAAUGGAAAAUCUUUCACCAUAACCAGAUGAUGUCUACAACAUACUCAUCAACAAUCCACUGUAAAAAGUCCAGGUGUAUUGAUAACACUGAAAAUUCGCAACCCUCUGGGUUGAUUAGAUUGACUUUAAUGUAUAUAUUAAGCACUUGUAUGUACACUCUGACAGUGAUUUGUACAGCCUACGUUGGGGUAAGGAAAUAGGUAUCCAAUGGUCCUACUUUUUUUAAUGAUGCGAAUAUUUCUAGAAUACUUGAGCCACAUUUAUUUCUGUAUUUAAAGAAUUGCUGACUAACUUUCAGGUAACCAGACCCAUCUCAAAGAACCAAGAAAAGGCUUUAGCAUGAAAUGUCUUUCUGAGCUGGUGAGUUAGAAGAAUGGAAGGUAAGAAAGGUCCGUCAUCUACCCGGGACAUUCCCACGAGGCGAACCGGUCGGACCGUGCCCUGUGUGUGUGGCCACCAGGUCCCAGCUCCGGCCCUCUGUCUUCUGCCGCUAAUCCCUGGUUAUCGUUUCACAGGCUCGUAACUGGACGUCCUACCUGAGCUCUCACUGUAUUGUCAAGCCUAAGAUUGAAAAACUGGAGGUUUUAUUAGUUUUUUUUUUAAUAUAGAAAAACAAGUUAUUACAUAUUUGUUAAGUAGUUUCUUAAGAAUUUUCUAAAAUGCCAACUAUCACAGGAUUAUUUCAAGCUAGUCAUUUAGGUAUAUGACAAAAUGUAAAUAACUGAACAAAAAACUGAAAUCUACCAAAAGAGUGUGGAGGUUUUCAUUAGACACUAACCGUGUGCUCCCGCUCACCCUUGUCAGCCCUCGGGCCAGGUCCAGCCCCUGGCCCCCGAUGGGCGCGUGUUCCAUCGCGACAUGCAGGAGGCAGCCCGACCCAGUCUUUGGAAAGAAUCUGUGAACCAUUUCUGGGUUUGUGUUUUGCCUGAGAACUGAUCUUAUUUUAGAUUUUUUUAAUAAAUUUUACUACAUGUAAGAAAAGUCAGCUUUUCCGGCAUUAGCACCGCGGAGCCCUCUGCUGAUUGGCACCUCCCGGCUCCAAGGCCCUGGCAGCGCUGAUGGCCUUGCGCGUGCAUCAGGGCCAAGGCCACCGCGCUCAGUGCAGUCUGUGGUCAGCAGUUUGUGUUUAGCAGCUGGCAAACCAACGCAUGGAUACAGCAACUCUGUUAACCAGAACGCCACCACCCGACCAAGCCCAGCGAGAGUUUACCACACUAGAUGUGACGAGGUCCUCAUGUCAGCUGCCUCGAGAGGGGCCUGUCCCCGGGGCCGGGCUAUUUCCUAGGGAAGGUGCUUUUCUUAUGGGAGGGCUUGGCCAUGGGUUUCCUGCUGAGAGUUUUUGUCUGGGGCUCAUCAGGCCCGUACCUGGGCUCUGAGCGCCUUUGUGGUUCACAUUUGAAUGGCGUAUGGAAUCAGCACCAGCCGGCCGUGCGACGGGAGGGGGGACCCGAACACCUAGUGCUGUGAACUCUUGUUGAGUAACUUUGUAUUUCCAUAACCCUGAGUUGUGUACUUAGAUAGUUUUCUAGCCCUGGGGUCCCUUAAUUGCUUUUAAAAAAUAGGGUUUGACCCACGCCACAGGAAGGUUGCUCUCCAAACAUACGCAGUGCAGUGCGCAGAAGGCUGUCCCGUCAGCCUGCUCUCUCGCGACUACGAAUUGCUCCAGUGCCCACUUCACAUACGUGUUCAAAUCCUUGUGUACCAGAACUUCAUUUUUAAAAAAGCAAAGAGUCUCUAGCUCUUAGCUCCACAAGCCAUCCCACUUGCACCAUUCCGCUUGGCCCUCCUGUCCUGGCUCUCGGAGCCAGCCGGGCACCUGUGACAUGAGUGCUGCCCUCCAGUGUCCCCACUGCGUAGCUCCAGGUUAGAACGAACACACACGUGACAUGACCAAAGACAACGCUCUGUAAGCAGGGCCCCUCUGACCUAACUCAGUGCCCGUGGUGGGAAGCGCAGUGGGGAAGGGUGUGUGCCGAGUAAGGAAGAUUGUUGCUGUUUAAAGUUAGUUUCACAGCCAUUAAAGCACAGGUCGAAACAGCCCAUUGAAUUUGCAAUAUGCAUGUGUGUAGUUUAGCAGCGGUACUGUUGUAUAUCAUAUUGCCAAGAAAAUAACUAACCCCCAGUCAUUUUUCCCUGCGUAUUCUUGAAACACAGUGGUAUCAACCUUGCCUUUCUAUUGUAUAUAGAUAUCAGAUCAUCUUACUGGUGGGAUGGAUAAAAAGAGCUAUGCCAAAGCUUCUAUAAAGUCUUUGGAAGGCCAGAGGUAUCUGGGCAUCUUGUACAUUUCAGCAAAGCAUCUACACUAAGAAACCUUUUAGGAAGUGUUAGUGGUUCACGUUCUAGUGUUUUUCCUGAAAUGUGCAAUCUACUGUAUAGUACUUGCCACAUAUUUGUAUAUAGAUGUAUUCUAGAUGUAUUCUGAAUUCAUGGAAUUUCUUGGUUAGAUACUAUUUGUGUUUGUUGCAUAUAAAUAUUUUUGUAAUACUAAAGAGAUCUUAUUUAAAUUUCCUUUUUAAAACCUGCAUGGUUCUGUGAUCCAUGUAACCGACGCUUUUGGGCUUGUAAGUGCUGUUUAGGAACAGUGGCGAAGGCAAAAUCUUGGUAAUAAGAUAGCGCCACUGCACUGCGCAGUCCACAGACGCUGAGGGAUGUCUCAGGAGCACCUGACCCGUUUUGUCACCAAAGCUGACUCAGGCUUCCUCUACCCCAACCCCAGAUCAUUCCAGGCAGCAUAGCUUUCUUCAGAGUCCUUUCAGAAUUCCCAGGCUGGAACCAGCCAAAACAUCUGUCCCUACAAAUGAUGGGACAGUCCCUUCACUGUCCUCAAACGGACCUGGCCUUAGAGAAGUGGGAAAGCACUUUGGCAGGGUUGAAAAUAUUUAUUUGGGAGAAGCCCACAUUGUAGGGCUGUUUUCCGUGGGCCCACCUGGUAGCCAGCCUCAGACCAGCACCUGGCUGGGGACUUUUUAGAAAAAUUUAAAGAGAAUAGCUAUUCAUUGUCUCCCAGCAAAGCAACACAGGUCAGUUUAACCAAAUUCACAGAUAACUCCUCAUCUUUCACCAGCAGUUACUGCAAAAACGAACGUUGACUACUGGCAACAGAGAACACCCAUACACAUUGUCCCACUGCCCUGAAGGCCACAAAGUUAGCCCAAAAUUAACAAAGGCCAGUAACUGGAAGGUCAGGUUCAUCAAGGAAUAUAGCUUACGAGUGCAUGAAUGUAUAUUUGGAGAGCAUCCUAACUGCAUUUCAGCAAAUCUUUUAAGUAAUUUCAGUCAAAACUGGAAAAUAAUUAAGAUGUAAUUUUUUUUCCUGGUUCGAACCUUCAAUCACUUGUUCAUUCAACAAUCUUUCUGGGCUACGUUUUUAUUUGUGAAGUGAUUCCGUCUGCAUGGCAAUAAGCAGGUCCAUCCUUUUCCCCAUUCACCCUUUCUUAUGGUAUCUGAGGAAACACGGCAUUGCAAGAGUUUCUGCCUGACAUCUUUCAAGGAAAGCCUGUAAUUCAAAAAGCUGCACAUGUUUACAGAAGAGCUCUCAUCCUCCACACAAACACAUCGCUCUGUGAAUCAUUACCGGAAAACGUCACGAUUCUGUGACGACGAGAUGGCAAUCCCAGAUCUUCAAGGUGCUGUCUGGAAUCAAACAAAACAUGUUCUUGGAGAUAUUAACACAGCUGUAGUGUUUAACAGAGCUUCAUGCCAACUACUAGACAAAGCUUUAACAAAGUUUAUAGAAUCACCGAAACUCAGUAACAAUUACCUCUCUACAUUAUGCUGUAAGGAAUCUUGCUCAUUUGGUAGGAAGAGGAGCAUUUAGGAAAGGGUUUAGUUUCUACCAAAAGUACUUGACCUCAAGUAACCAAUAGUAAAGCAAACUCGCUUUAAAGGAACCAAAGGCAUUGCCAAGUAUUUGCCAAAAGGAGGCACUUUUUAUUUAAAAUUUGAGACUAAUGAGAUCUCAAAAAUCAGUCCCAAAAAGGUAUUAUCCAUUUAAGGUUAUAAUUUUCACAAAGAUGUAGAUAUUUCUCUAUUGUUUUCAUGUAAAAUAGUAUAGAGUUGUUUUGUUGGUUUAAGAAUAAUACAUAGUCAGUAGUAAUACAAAGUUUUUUCCUUUUUUCUUUUCUUGCUUGCAAUAGAAAUGCAACGUGAUAGGUGUUUCUCUUCUUUAUUUUCAUUGUCACGUUAUGUCUUAGCAUCUCACUUUAUGAAAAAAAGGAGAAAGAUACCAAUCUACAGAGCCCUGCUUGUUGAAGCACUCGUUUAAUAAACAAGAAAUUAUGGCAAUCGGGGGUCCAUUCAUGUAUUGCCUUUAUGUUGUUUUUUAAAAGAAAAACCAUGAUGCCUUUGUAUUUGCUGUUUGCACCCCUGAAAUCAAUUCCAUAUCAUGUUUGAAUGCCAUACAUUUUGCACAUGUACUGUACAUAGGUAAUGCAUACUGUAUUUUUAUAUGUGUGCACAUUUAUCAUCAGAUCUUUUGUACAUAGUGGCAGUAUCGUAGCUGAUCGGGAAAUGUUUGAUAUCUCAGCAAUUUUGCAUUUUUGUGUCUCAAAUAAAAACGUUUUGAUGUA